GUAAGUUCUUCUAUGAUCCUCAUUUACCUCUUUCAAGACUUCUAUCUCAAUUGACAAUUUUGCCAUUUUGCAACAUACGAUAAAAAAAACUAGAUUUGGGUCCCCACCCGUCGUCUUCUUCUUUCUUGUUGAGCAAGGGAGCCUUCUCUCGCGGACCAUUUUCUUCUUAUAUUUUCAUCAAAAUAAUCAAAGGCUAAAGCUCGAAGGCAGGAAGGGGAGAGGGAAAGAAAGACGAGGAAUGGAGUGUGUGUUCGGUCUGGUUGGUGAUGGCUUCGCGCUGGUUGUGGCAGAUUCAUCUGCUGUGAACAGCAUUUUGGUACACAAAUCAAAUGAAGACAAGAUUAUGGUCCUUGAUUCUCACAAGCUCUUGGGUGCCAGUGGUGAAGGCGGUGACAGAGCACAGUUCACGGAGUACAUACAGAAGAACGUGGCCUUGUAUCAGUUCCGCAACGGCAUUCCAUUGACCACUGCAGCCGCCGCUAAUUUCACCCGAGGAGAGCUAGCUACUGCUUUGCGUAAGAAUCCGUACUUCGUCAACAUCCUUUUGGCGGGGUAUGACAAGGAGAUAGGCCCAUCUUUGUACUACAUUGACUACAUUGCAACUCUUCACAAGAUCGAGAAGGGAGCAUUUGGUUAUGGAUCAUAUUUCUCCCUCUCUAUGAUGGACAGACACUAUCGCAGCGGUAUGCCCUUGGAAGAAGCAGUCGAUUUGGUGGAUAAGUGCAUUCUUGAGAUUCGGUCAAGGCUGGUUGUGGCUCCUCCAAAUUUUGUGAUCAAGAUCGUCGAUAAGGACGGUGCAAGGGAAUAUGCCUGGCGUGAAUCUAUCAAGGAUGCUGCUGCUCCCCCCAGCUGAGAGAUAUAAACAUAGGUUUGGGCAUCCUUUGUCACUGCAUUUUCCCUGAAAGAACUAAAACACUUUGAAUUGUUUGUUUAUGAACUAUCACAAUUACUCUUUACUGUUUAAUAUCUGAUGGGUUUCUAGAUACAAAACAAGCCUACAGUUUCUGCCUCACAUAGUGAUAAUAGUGUUAUGGAAUUGGAUUGAUCAUGCUAUAGCUUAGAUGCUAUGGUUGAAUGCAAGUAAAGGGUUACAUC